AAAGUAAGGGUUAACACUGUCCGUGUUGCAUAACGCACUCAGGUGGUGGUAUUUAUGUCAGACUGGCGUAGCUGGGAGUCGUGUGCUUUCUCAUGAUUUUGUCCAUCCAUAACGAAAGGCACCAUCUCGUGAAGUGAACGCGUGUAAGGAACAGCACAGGGUGGGAGAAAACAACGCAGCUGAUAUACAGUACACACGUCCAUAUACGCACACAGCAUCACGCAGUGUUUUCCUCGCCUCAUCACAGAACGCUCGCUAGGAAGAAGACGCCUCACACCAGGAGCCUCACAAGUGUAUUUUGACUUAGGCAUGAUGGGGUCAUUUCAGGAAUACAAGGUAAAGAAGUCACUUGGAAAGCACAACACUCCCAGCCGCAUCCCUCGUCUUGUCCUUCAACCUGUUUAUCCUAAGGCUUUACAGAUUUUGGAAUCUCCGUUGUCUGAGGAUGAAAGCAAACACUGUGACAUUAUCAGAAAACAGAACAGAACCAUCAGUCCUAAUAGCUUCUCAUCAGUCUUGACGUGUGCUACCCUGGUUUCAGAUGACACCGGAUGUCCGAGCAGUCAGUGUCCAUCUCCAGCUAAACUCAGAUCUGGCUCAGACAACAGCUCACUGGGGUCACCCAUACCAGUGAAGAGCAAGCCCAAGGUCAAGAGGGUCAGAGUCAAUGUGGUGGCUGAGUGUAAUGGCAUACAGACGCACAAGAGGGAGCAGCAACAACCUUCUACUUCAUGCAAAGGUAGUGAGGCUGACUUCAGCUCCUCCAGCAGCACUGGAAGCUUGAAGAGCCGUGGAACUAUGGCCAACAACUCCACAGGGAAAAAGAGCUGCAUUUCACAUAGUCGUCUGCCGCACAUCAGAAGCCAGCCUGGGUUUAAGCCACCUGGCAGCCCUACUCUUACCCGUGAUGCAGAAGUUUAUGCCCCCUACAGGACACCCCCGAAAGCAUCCCCUUCAUCAUGUAUCAGCAACAAAUCUAGCCCUACUGUCAGAAGAACCACUCCAGGGAGCUACCAUUCAUGUGGUGACAAUCAUGGCAUCAGACCUCCCAAUCCAGAGCAAUACCUGACCCCUCUGCAACAAAAAGAGGUGACAAUCCGGCACCUGAGGACCAAGCUCCGGGAUUCUGAGCAAAUAGUUUCUAACCGGGAGUCUGAAGUUCAGGAGUUGAAGUCACAGCUGGACAGAAUGCGUGAGGACUGGAUUGAGGAAGAGUGUCACCGUGUGGAGGCACAGCUGGCUCUCAAGGAGGCACGCAAGGAGAUAAAACAGCUACGGCAAGUAGUUGAGACGAUGAAGAGUAGUCUGAUGGAGAAGGAUAAGGGCAUCCAGAAGUACUUCAUUGAUAUUAACAUUCAAAACAGGAAGCUAGAAUCAUUGCUGCACAGCAUGGAACUAGCGCAAAGUGGUGCCAACCUGCAUGACGAGCCCACGCUGGACUUCAUCUGUGACUCUCCAGAAAAGUCCUCUGAAGGGAAGCAGAACAAAGAGCUGCUGGUUGAGGGUCAGGCAAAGGAAGAGAUGGCAGACAGUGGGCUGCUUAUUAAUGAUACAGCCAACCAGAUGGAUAUGAUUGAGCCGGUUCUCAUGUCUACAGCUGUGGACUACAGCCAAGAUGGUAGUGCCAAACUCAUGAGCCUGCCAGGAAUGUCCCCUCUGACACAGCAUGCUGCUGAGGAUACUGUGAAGAGCUCAAAUGGCCAAACCAAUAUUGAUGAGCACCAUGCUUCUGGUGAAAAGGCUGUCCAAACAGAUGAAACCUCUUAUAACCCUGACCUUCAGUCCCUGCUCUUACAUAUGCUAAAGCUUCAAAACGCUGGGCUGUCAUCUAGUGUUUUACAAAAGUUACCCAAAGCACAGGAACCCAACCUACCCCAGGCAGAAGAAUCAAUCAAAAACAAACUGUCUCAAGGCCAGAGUCCCAACCUGACCAAGGGGAUGGACCACAUUCCCUAUCCUCCAGCACUUUCUCCAUUGCUAAUUUCACAGGACCCUGGUGGUUCAACCCAGAGUUCAAAACCUGAGGUGAAACCAGGGUUCACAGAAGAGCUUGACUUUGGCAUGAAGGAUUCUCGCCCCAGUGCUAAUACAGCUGUGGUGGGGAAAAGCCACUGGAACAACAGCUUCUUGGUUGAUCUGGCUGCUGUGGCAGCACCUGUUCUUCCUACGGUGGCCUGGCUAUACUCUCAGCACAAUGCAGUUGAUGGGGCACCAGUGUACAACAUUGCAGCUUUAAUCCGUGGUUGUUGCAUCAUGGGAUUGCACUCUCUUCGCCUUGUCACCUAUGGGCCACAUGUGUGAUGGUCCUUUACCUUUAGGCACAGCUAACAAGAGCACUUAAAAGAUUUAAGUUUUUGUGUGUGUACAAGUACUUUUUUUUUUUUCCAGUUCUGCCACCUUGCACCAUGUAAAGUUGUCAUACAUGUAUGAAAUGAUGAGUUUAUUUACCUUUGUUUGUCAUGAGAUAUUGCUCAUUGCCCUGAUGUGAUCAUCUGGGUAGGUGAUCACUUGUUGUGCUGUCAUUUGCCUCCUAGUCCAUUUCCUGUGAGUUGACUGUUGAUGUUCCUGUUCCCAAAGGAGUAGACCUAGAGCCAAAGCUUGUUCUGUAUUUAUUUUUGUGAAUUUGUCGAACAGUGGAGCAUUACGUUACAUGUUAUCUUUUGUGACCUUGCUGACUCCCCUAAGUCAAUGCUACAGUACAUACUGUAUGACCCUUUUGUGCCUGAGCAAUGUGCAAUAUUUGUUUAUUAGACACAGUAAAUAUAUUUAUUAAAGCAUGAUCUCCCAUU